AUGGAGGUUGAAUCUGCAGCUAGGAUUAAACUCAGCGGCGGCCUUCAUAAGAAGAAGCAGCCUAAAUGUGGAAUCUGUGGGAAGGAGUUUUGUUCCAUGAAGGGUUUGUAUGGUCACAUGAGGACUCAUCCAGACCGAUCCUGGAGAGGGAUUGAACCUCCGAAUACUGUAACGACAACAGCUCCGGCCUGGUCUCUCACCGCCCCGAGAGGGCGGAAGAGAACCACCUCCGCCUCUACCUCUGAUUUUAUGUUGCUUCCAAAGAAAGAAAGCUCGUCGAGAAAGAAGGUGCACUUUGACCUUGACACUGACAUGGGUGUCAUUACUUGCCAGUACUCCGCUCCACGGUUGUCGCGGCCUCGAGAAUCGUGCGGUCGGAAGAUGCUGGAUUUUGACCUCAACCAGCUGCCGCCCAUGGAGGAGGAAGAUGGAGAAGGUAUUGAAUCUUGA